GCUAAUGGGGUUCCCGGAGGCAGUGCCUAGGCUGCUGCCCAACCUCGUCUUCCUGCUUGCCCACCUCCGUCGCCUCUCAUGGCUGCUCGGCGCCGGCAUCAACCACCCAAAGAACUCGGACUUAGCCGACCACCACCACCAUCAGAGGCAGUACCACGACGACCACGGCCUCAAGGAACUGGAGGAGCACUGCCCAGCCAUGCGCUUCGACGAGCUCUCCGUAUCCAACGCCGGCAACAGCGCCGGGACGCCCAUCCUCCCGGAGGGAUGCGUGGUGUGCCUCAGUGACUUCCACGGCGCCGCGCGUGUGCGCCGGCCGCGGGGGUGCCAGCACGUCUUCCACUUUGGCUGCCUUGACCGCUGGGCAGCUCACGGCCACCGCAUCUGCCCAUUCUGCCGGGCUCCGUUACUCCCGCCCUUCCUCCUGCCCAUGUCGUUCCGGACGUCAUGAUUCACGCUGGGUGUUAUUUGUGUAAUUUCGUGACUGCUGCUAGCAAAUACUGAGGAGAAGUUUUGAAUUCUUGCUUCCGGUGCUUUUAUGAA